AGGCGGAAGGUUUAAACUUUGUACAGGUUUUGUGGGCUGUUGGGCUGUCAGUGUCCCUUUGUAAGAAUUCUCGGUAUUUCCUUAGGGGACCCGGGUGAGGAGGGGCGCCGAUCCAAAACACGUUCUUGUGUGCUAUCUCUCGCCGGAAUUAUUUUUGCAUUCGACUUAAUUCGUCCCUACAUACUCUCCCACUUCCCGGGGGAAGCAGCUUUCUGAGCUCAUGUUCCCGCACCUCUGCAAGAAAGAGAAGUUGCAUUUUCUCAGUCCUUCAGGACUCAUUUUUCCCUAGGAUAAGGUUCCUUUGAGGCCAUGUCUGGGACUCCCUUCAGAUCCUGCUUUAGGUCUAACUACAGAGAGAAGUUGAACUUGCUUUUAGAGAAAGAUGCUUCCUUUUCAUUUUACUCAGAACUUCCCAAGACCCCAUCUAGCAAGAUCAUUAUUGAUUCUGGAAACCUCAGCUCUUUGACAGGAGCAACUCCAAAGUGUUGCCUUGACUUGUCAAAUAUUAGUAUUGAGGAGACAGCUGCCACUCAGCUUACCACACCACCAGACCUCGAUGAAACUGGUAACUUGGAUUCUUCUGAACCUCAGGAAGUACAGCUAACUGAAUUAUGUCAUCAUCAGCAUAUUAGGAAAUACAUCCCUGCAGAGCUGCUGUGUAGCACUCCGAGUGCUCUAGGUUCCUUCUGCCAAAAGACAGAUGCAAUAGGUACUUCCUCUUCAGACAAAGAAAAUGAGAACAGCUUUCUGGAACACCCUACACAACCAAUGCUCAAAUCCUUAAGACUUCAAGAAAGAUUAAGAAAACCCCUCUUGUCUCCUCUUUCUCUGCUAGACAACAGAAAUUCUGUGGAAGAUGAAAUGAAUGAUUUGGGAAGCCCCAUUACCAGAAUUCCACUGCAUCAGGAUGGAAAAGAAGACUAUGUAGGGGAGACUUCACUUGAGCUAAUGGAAGUUUUCCUGGAUGAGCAAGAAGUCAAGGAAUCAGAUGUAAAGAAGACAGUUUCAUUCUUUGAUGCUAAUGCCAUUAAGAUCUUGGGGGAAAAUUCUGACCAGAGGCAGUUGAUAGGUGAUUUCAGCAAGGUGUACAUGCUACCAACAGUGACAGGAAAGCACCAAGAUCUGAAGUACAUUAACCCAGAGAUGGUGGCUGCUCUGCUAGGAGGGCAGCUGCAAGACCUGAUUGAGAAGUUUUAUAUUAUUGAUUGCCGCUACCCAUAUGAGUAUCAUGGAGGUCAUAUCCAGGGAGCUCUGAACCUGCACAGUCAGGAAGAACUACAUAAUUUCUUCCUGAAGAAGCCUUUUGUCCCUUCUAGUACCCAGAAAAGAAUAAUCAUCGUGUUUCAUUGUGAAUUCUCUUCGGAAAGAGGCCCCCGAAUGUGCCGCUAUUUAAGAGAAGAAGACAGAGCUCUGAACAAGUACCCUGCACUAUACUACCCUGAGCUGUACAUCCUCAAAGGAGGCUACCGAGACUUCUUCCUGGAAUAUGUGGAACUGUGUGAACCACAGAACUAUUGCCCAAUGCAUCACCAGGACCAUAAAACUGAGCUUUUGAAGUGUCGCAGCCAGAGCAAAGCAUGGACUGAAGAGCGGCAACUCCAGGAACAGAUUGCUUGUCUCAUAAAGAAUGGGAAUUCAAGUUGACGAAAGAACUAUCAUCAUGGCAGUUAUUGGCUCACAGUGUGAACCCCCAGAGAGGAAGUGAUUUCUGUGGAAAAUCAGCCCGAUGGCUUACAAAGAAAUACUCGAGCUGUACAAGUCAAGUCAACUUAUGUUCCAGUGAGAAUAGGAACCUUCUGUAUGGGCUUUGUCCUGAAGGCUGUCCAUCCUUAUUUAGCUAUAAAGUUUAUAGUAAUCAGAGAGAAUUCUUCUUUUCCUUCUUUACUAUAUGUCUUUUCCACCUUCAAUCAGCUUGUUUUCUCUACUUGAAUUUCUUGUCGCAGUAAAUUUUUUAUUCUCUCUGAA